AUGUCGCUGACCAACGUUAUCGACCCGGAGAAUGCCCCAAACUACGAGGACAUGGAGAAACAAUUCGCCGUGAGGGCAGUGCAGCAUAUGACGGUCUAUUGGGGCAUUCUCGAAAAGAUACCUGGCUCAAAACUUCGCUUGACUCGACUUGACGACGAGAUCCUAGAGCACUUUAAGCGUGAAUUUCCGGAUUUCGACCCUGCUGAGGAGAUUGACGAGGAUGCCAUGAAGAGUAAAGAGGGCAAAGAGAAGUGGCGCAAUUUUGCCCAGGUCUACGAAAAGGGCGAGAAGAAAAUCGAAGACUACAACUUCGGCACCAUGCUGAGGAAGAGUCCCAAAACCGAGUAUGGCGAAAAGGAGACCAUUUUUGUGAUUCGGGUGCAAUUCUAUGCCAUCGAAAUUGCUAGAAACAGAGCUGGACUGAACGACUGGAUUUAUGAAAACGCACAGAAGCAAGAGAAGAAGUCAUAG